UCAUAGAACACAACUGUGAAAGGAGGUGGCACUGCAAAUGAUCUCAGAGUCAGGUAGUCACUCUGAUUGGCUAAUCAGAAACAGUCCUAAGGAGGGGGAAACUUACAGAGAUUCAUUUAUUUCAUCACUGCAUUUGAAGCACAAUGACUUCUCCGACCUUUACUUUGUAUUUGCCAGCUCUGCUUGUCAUGAUAGUGGCUCAUAGGGCAGCUUGGACCCACAGGUUAUUACUUAUGGAAUCAGCUGAAGUUGGACACAACACUGCUUUGCAAUGCCUCUGCCAAGAUGACCUAGCAGUGAUGUUUUACUGGUAUAAACAAAUUCUGGGAAAGGAACCUAAGCUCGUGUGCACACUCUACAAGCAUAACAAUAUCGCCAUUUUUCAAGAUCAAUUUAACAAUUCUCGUUUCUCUCUAGAUAAUGAAAACCACAGUAACAUUUUGCUAAAGAUAGCAGAUUUGAGGGUAUCGGACUCAGCAACUUAUUACUGUGUAAAGAGCAAUUUAGCUGAGUUUACAUUUUGUGAAGGUACUACUCUUAGUGUAAAUGGUUUCGGAAUGAACCUUCGAACUUUACUUCAUCAGUCCAAAAUUGAGCCUAUCCAGUCAAGAAGCUAUGUGUCACUGAACUGUACAGUACAAACUGGGAGCUGUGGUGGAGAACACAGUUAUUACUGGAUCAGCAAUUCUGUAAAAUCUCAUCCAGGACUCAUUUACGGCCAGGGAGGGUUGGAUCAGUGUGAGAGAAAAUCCAACACAGACCCAACUAGACACAGGUGUACUUUCAACUUGCCGAUGAAUUCACUUGCUGAGACCUAUUUCUGUGCUGUUGCCUCAUGUGGACACUUGCUGUUUGGAAACAGGACCAUCCUGCACUCUGAAGCUGAUGCUGUCUCUAUUGUCUUGGUUUAUGUCCUGGGGGGGGUUUUGACAUUCACCACCAUCCUGGUUGCUUCACUGGCUUUCUCUGUGUAUAGACUAAGCAAAAUAUGCAAUCAGCAAACAGAAUGCAGUGGCACAUUUUCUGCAAGACAUAUUCUAACUACACAGCUGCAUCAAGAUGGUGAAAACCUCCAAUAUGCUGCUAUAAAUAAUCUCAAACCCAGCAUGUCAGGAAGGACAAAAGAGAGCUUCAGUGAAUGUGUCUAUUCCACCGUGAGGCAGUAGAGUUCAAUAGGUGACACCAACCUAUAUAUUGUUUCUAAAAAUGCUUCUUUGCAACUUCAUUGGUGGGUAUAAAGGUGAGGCGUAAACUUGUAAUAAAGUUCUUUGAUAAAACUGA